AUGGUAUCAGCAGACGACUUGGUGAUCGUCUUUCGCCAGCAACCAGGGUUCCGGUUCCAUCCCACCGAAGAGGAACUCGUCCUCUACUAUCUGAAACGAAAAAUCUGCCACAAAAGGUUCAAGCUCAACAUCAUCACUGAAACCAACGUCUACAAGUGCGAGCCGGAGGAGCUUCCCGGUUUGUCUUUAUUACAAACCGGAGACCGGCAAUGGUUCUUUUUCAGCCCUAGAAAUUGUAAGUACCCUAACAAACCUACAAGAAUAAACAGGGCGACCAGACAUGGCUACUGGAAAGUUACUGGAAAAGAUCGCACGAUUACGAAUAAUUCACGGUCGGUUGGAGUAAAGAAAACCCUAGUUUUCUAUACAGGCCGUGCGCCUAGUGGGAAUCGCACUGACUGGGUGAUGCAUGAGUAUACUUUGCACGAUGAGGAGCUGAAGAGAUGUGGGACUGUACCGGAUGCUUAUGCUCUUUGCAAGGUUUACAAGAAAAGUGGACUGGGUCCAAAAAACGGUGAGCAAUAUGGGGCGCCGUUUAAGGAGGAAGACUGCUUUGAUAUGGAUGAAGUCCAAGAAGCCCCAGUGAAGCAAAUUGAAAAUCAGAUUAGUAGGGCGAAAGGAGGAGUUAAUCCAGUCAUUAACAGUUACAGUGAUAGUUAUGAAAUCCCACAUCCUUCUUCGUUUGAUAGGGACAUGGAGGAGUUCAUGAAAAAGAUUGCUGGUGAGGCUGAGCAUGACAUAUGUAUCAUGAAGCAGGGUCGAAGGCUGUACUCUUGCCUUGAUAUUGAGUCAGCUUCUAAAAGGCUUAUGUCUUUGGGACCGAGUUUGCAAUAUGUAGUUCGAUUGCCACCUUGCACGACGGUAUUCCCUUCAUGCCAACAUUGA